AUGGCGACCAUCAAUCCCUUCGAACUCCUUGGCGCCGACGACAACGACGACCCCACGCAGCUGCUGGCCGCCGCCGCGGCAGCGAAGCAGAAGGCCGAGGCGAAGAAGCAAGCGGCGGGCGCGCAACCAGCCCCCGCCAAGUUGCCGACCAAGCCUGCUCCCCCCGCUCAGGCCGUGAAGGAGUCCCGCAGUGGUGGUGCUCCCUCCCGUGGAGGUUAUGGGCGCGGCGAACGUGGUCGUGGCAGAGGAGGGCGUGGAUAUGGUCAGAAUCGCGACUAUGGCAGCGAAGAUGCUAAUGGGUUUCAGGGAGGAUACGGUGCUGGAGGGGGUGCCAGAGCUGGAGGCGAAGAAGGUGCCCAGGAUAGAGAGGGGGGCCCUCGUCCACCCUACCGUGGCGGCGGUGGAGGCCGGCGGGGUGGAUACCGUGAUGGUGAAUUUGGUGAUGAUUCUGAGAGGCCACCUCGGAGGCCCUAUGAACGCCAUAGCGGUACUGGCCGUGGGUUUGAAAUGAAGCGCGAGGGUUCAGGCCGUGGGAACUGGGGAACUACCACUGAUGAAAUUAUUGCCCGGGAAACUGAGGAAGGCCUGGAGCUGGAAGAGAAGGCCCCUGUUCCUGAGAAGCAGGGUGCACUGGAGGAUACUGCACAGGCAGAGGAGAGCAAGGAGAACAAGGAUGCCACAGCUAAUGAGGAAGAAGAGAAGGAAGAGGAUAAGGAGAUGACUCUUGAGGAGUUUGAGAAAAUAAGGGAGGAAAAGCGGAAGGCACUUCUUGCCCUUAAGACUGAAGAGAGGAAGGUUGAAGUUGAUAGGGACCUGCAGUCUAUGCAGCCGCUUGCAAACAAGAAAGGAAAUGAUGAAAUUUUCGUAAAGCUGGGUUCUGAUAAGGAUGCUCUGAAGAAGAAAGAAAAUGCUGAACGUGAUGAACGUGCUAAGAAGUCGGUGAGCAUCAACGAGUUUUUGAAACCAGCUGAAGGAGAAAGGUACUAUGGUGGGCGUGGUCGUGGCAGGGGCCGUGGAGACCGCGGAGGGUUCAGAGGGGGAUAUGGUGGGGGUUAUCGCGCUCCACCAGCUGCUCCUGCAAUUCAAGACCAAUCCCAAUUCCCUUCGCUUGGUGGGAAGUGA